AACCGCCCGCGACCAUUUGGGCGCAAAAACAUUUGUUUUUCUCGUAAUGUCUAAUUACUACAAGUGGCACGGGUGUCAAAUAUUAACCCCUUGUGAGGUCACGGCAGGGUAUAAAACGCAACGCGCUGGGACCACUGGCCAAAACAGUGCGAGAACAGGAUCAGGUCAAAAUUCACUUCUUUGUUUUGGACGCUGUGUUUAGCGCAAUGCGCGGAUUACUGCCGCUUUCCACGCUCGUCUUCAUCCUCGCCCUCAUCCUCAUCCUCAUCCCUGCUCCAGCAGAACAGUCCCCUGUUACAGGGCCGGAGCCGAUCCGGUGCGCGCCGUGUACCUCGGAGAAGCUGAGCGCAUGUCCGGCUGCUCCAUCCGGCUGCAGGGAGCUGAUAAAAGAGCCUGGAUGCGGCUGUUGCAUGACCUGCGCGCUGCCCGAGGGCGCCAAGUGCGGGGUUUACACGGCGCACUGCGGCACAGGACUGCGCUGCACACCGAGAGCAGACGACCCGCACCCGCUCCACUCGCUCACUCGCGGACAGGCCGUGUGCACCGUGGACCACGCCGCGCAAGGUGCGUCUCCUCUCUCUACCGCCGAGUCGCCGAUAGUCGAUCAGAUGCUAAACGAUAACCGUCUCCUUACAGAGGAGGCCAGCGUCCCUUUACACCAGCUGCUCGGACUGGACAGAGCCGGAGACCCGGAGGCGCACGAGAGCAUCAAGGCUAAAGCCAACGCCAUCCGGAAGAAGCUGGUGGAACUGGGUCCGUGCCAUACUGAAUUACACUCUGCUCUGGAUACUAUCACGGCCUCGCAGCAGGCUCUGGGUGAGAAGUUUACUACCUUUUACCUUCCCAACUGCGACAAGCAUGGCUUCUACAAGACCAAGCAGUGCGAGACGUCCCUCGUCGGCCAGCCGGCACGUUGUUGGUGCGUUUCCGCUUGGAACGGAAAGAGAAUUGCAGGAUCCAGUGAUGUCCACGAAGAUGCCCUUUGCCACCAGGAGAUCAGUCACUAAACCCUUCCACUCUUCUCACACACACACAUUUCAUUUAAGAAAAAAAGCACUUUUCUUACCUAAGAUUUAUAUAUCACUGGGACAUUUGGUUCCAACACAGAGCUUAAGAUAAAAUGUACCUACGCUAAAGAGAUUAACUUUCUUAAUUUAUUUUUUUCCCCACAUAUCUCUCUAUAUAUUUAUUGAAUGUUCCUGAAUAAGUAAUCACUGACAAGUAUUUAUAUUUGCCGAGAUCGUAUUGUAACUGUUAUAUUUUUAUUCGUAUAUAUGUAUAUAUAUUUUUUUUACUGUUACUUUUUUUUUUUUGGACUAAACAACUCCAUUGCUACAUAGAAAUAGCAAUAGAAUCAUGGGACAUAUUAAAAAGCCAUUGCAACACACACCACUAUAAAAAAAGAAGGCAGAGUGGCUUCGCAUACUUUUAGUCUCAACCCAAUUUAGGAGCUUUGUACUUAAACAGCUUCACCAUUCAUUUGCUUUACGACGUGACAAUUCGGCCUACAUUCGUGCGAGUCUACUAAACUUUCUGCCUCGACCUGCGACGCCCGUGUUUAUGAAUUUGUCCGGGCUGUUUUUUUUUUUUUCCCCUGCCCCUAGAAGGAAUAGCUCUGGAUUUUUCCACUUACACGGGACAACUGCCAAUUGAUCCCAGAUGUUUUGAAGUAGAUCGCAGAUCUGGCCCAUGUUUGUGACUCGUAUAAUGCUUCUACCUCUCCGAAGUGCAGGUUCCUCCGUUUGCUCGGGUCCUCAGCUCUGCUCCGUCGCUCUGGAAAUCGCUUCCUCGUUGGUUCCUCUGAACUUUCAGAAGAUCUCAGAAAAGCUGUGCUUUUUUUUUUUUAAGGCAAAUAGACUUCCUGUUGGUUUGGAAAGCGGGAGUUAUAACACCAUUGGGAUUCAUUUUAGUUGCAAGCAGGAACGCUUUAUGAAAAUGGUUCCAACUUUGCUGCAUGCCAGGACAUUUUUUAUUUGAUUUUAUUUUUUUUUAACGCAGGAAGAGAGAGAAAAACCAGACGGGGAUUUGUAAACCCAUGUUGCGGGCGUGUCCCUUGGCUCUGUGCAAAAACACAUCCAUCCAUCCAUCUAUCCAUCCAUUCAUGUCUGAAGUUCAUCCAGAUUCAGUGCAUUCAGAUCAGGAAGAAAUCAUGAUGGAACAUUUACAUGCUUCAACACUUCAUCUGCUACCUUCAUGUCCGUUUUCUUUUUUGUAGUAAAACUAGAAACUAUCCAGUGUGUGCAUUCUAAUUUCUGUUGUACAUGUAUUCUUUGAAUAAAAAUAAAUGAUUGCGA